AUGUCGGAGAAGAAAGAAUCUCCAGCAGGUGCGACCUCAGUCGAUACAGAGCGCGGCGCCGACAUCGUCGUGGCUCCCGAGCAGAACGCCUUCCAACGCCUCCUUCACCAGCGCAAUGACCUCGAUGCACUGGGCAAGGAGAUGGUCCAGCAGGCGCUGCAAUAUGACCGGGCGCAACUCGAGGCGGACGCCGUGAAAGUCCGCUGGAAGCUGGAUCUUUUCGUGCUUCCCAUGUUGAUGGUUACGUACAUGUUGGCAUUCCUCGACAAGCAAACGCUUAAUUAUGCGAAUGCGUAUGGGUUACAAGCUGAUACGCAUAUGACGGGUGACAAUUACUCUUGGGUCGUAUCUGCCUUGUACUUUGGCUGGCUUUUCGGAGCAUGGCCGUGGAAUAUGCUGUUGCAGCGUGUUGCCAUUGGAAAAUUGUUGGGCGGCUCGCUGUUCAUCUGGGGAGCCGUCUGCAUGCUUCAGGCCACAGUGACCAGCUUCGGUGGUUUCGUCGCCAUUCGAUUCUUUCUCGGCAUGUUCGAGGCUGUUCUAUCGCCUGCGUGUAUCCUGAUAACCUCCAUGCUUUGGACUCGUCAGGAGCAGUCCCUACGCAGUUCCCUUUGGCUGUCCACGAACGGUCUCUCUAAUAUCCUCGGCGCACUUCUGGCUUAUGGCUCGGGCGUCGCCGAAGGUCUGGUGAUAGCUCAGUGGAAGCUCAUUUUCCUGAUAGUCGGUGCCCUUACGUUUGCCUGGGGGUUUGUCAUCAUAAUUUACCUCCCCGAUGGACCGCACAACGCCAAGAUGCUAACGGAAUACGAACGUCUCGUCGCCGUCUGGCGUGUCUCGGAGAACCAGAUGGGCCUGAAGGAUGCGACAAUCAGGCCUUACCAGAUGAGGGAAGCACUACUGGAUGGGAAAUGUUACUUAUUAUGGUUGAUGGGCAUCGCACUUGGAAUCCUCAACGGCUCCAUUACUAAUUUCAUGUCGGCUAUCAUCAAGGGGUUCAACUUCGACGCGCUUAGGGCUUCGCUUCUUCAGGCACCGGGAGGUGCUUUUGAAGUAUGCUUCAGCAUUGCCAUGGGAUACAUGUCACAGCUCCCACACAUGGUGGGCGGGAGUACCGUGAUUGGCUGCUUAGUGGGUAUAGCAGCGCUCGUGGGCAUUCUUACCAUCGAUAUAGAGCACCGUUAUGCGCUGGUGGGCAUGUGUUGGAUGCUGAAUACGAUCGGGUCGCCCAUCAUACUAAACUGGACUCUUCCCGGCCUCAACGUAGCUGGACAUACCAAGAGAAGCACUGUUAUCGGAAUUUAUUUCAUCUGUUUCGUGGUUGGGAAUAUUAUUGGCCCACACCUAUUUCUCCCCGAGGAGGCACCGAGAUAUCCAACCGCGAUCAAGGGGCUGUUGGGUACGUACUGCGCAAUCGUAUUCUUCCAAGGACUCUAUGCUCUGUGGUGCUUCCUGGAUAAUAAGAAGCGCGAUAAGUUAGGGCAGCGGGCAGAUAAUGAGGAGGAGUGGUUGGAAGGGUUCGAGGAUUUGACGGACAAGCAGAACAAGCACUUCCGAUACAAGUUGUAA